AUGUCUGCCAAUGAUUUCAAGCCUGAAACGUGGACUUCAAGCGCCAACGAAGCCUUAAGAGUUUCUAUAGUUGGAGAAAACGCUGUUCAGUUUUCACCAUUAUUCACGUAUCCAAUUUACGGUGACUCCGAAAAGAUCUACGGCUAUAAGGAUCUCAUCAUCCACCUAGCAUUUGAUUCAGUAACAUUCAAGCCGUAUGUUAACGUCAAGUAUUCAGCAAAAUUAGGAGACGACAAUAUUGUAGACGUGGAAAAAAAAUUACUCUCAUUUCUACCAAAGGAUGAUGUAAUUGUUAGGGAUGAAGCUAAAUGGGUAGAUUGCUUUGCAGAAGAACGAAAAACACAUAAUUUAUCUGAUGUUUUUGAAAAAGUAUCAGAGUAUUCGUUGAAUGGGGAAGAAUUUGUUGUAUAUAAAUCGAGUUUGGUUGACGAUUUUGCCAGGAGAAUGCAUCGUCGUGUUCAAAUCUUUUCAUUACUUUUUAUCGAAGCCGCUAACUAUAUAGAUGAGACUGACCCGAGUUGGCAAAUCUAUUGGUUGUUGAACAAGAAAACAAAAGAAUUGAUUGGUUUCGUCACUACUUACAAGUAUUGGCACUACCUUGGAGCAAAAUCUUUCGAUGAGGAUAUAGAUAAAAAAUUCAGAGCCAAAAUAUCUCAAUUUCUGAUCUUUCCACCUUAUCAAAAUAAAGGCCACGGAUCCUGUCUUUAUGAGGCUAUAAUCCAAUCUUGGCUAGAAGACAAAAGUAUUACUGAAAUUACUGUAGAGGAUCCAAACGAAGCAUUUGACGAUCUUCGCGACAGGAAUGAUAUUCAAAGACUGCGAAAACUUGGUUAUGAUGCUGUCUUUCAGAAGCACUCCGACCUUUCUGAUGAGUUUUUGGAGUCAAGCCGAAAAUCUUUAAAACUGGAAGAAAGACAGUUUAAUCGUCUUGUGGAAAUGCUUCUUCUUUUAAACAAUUCUCCAUCAUUUGAAUUAAAGGUAAAGAAUAGGUUGUACAUUAAAAAUUAUGAUGCCCUAGAUCAAACUGAUCCAGAAAAGGCAAGAGAAGCUUUACAAAAUUCAUUUAUUUUAGUCAAAGAUGAUUAUAGGCGUAUUAUAGAGUCGAUAAAUAAAUCUCAAGGUUAA